CCGGACGACACGUGCCACGAGGGUGAACUGGUCUUGCUGGACGAGAAUUUGUUGAACAUGAGCUGUGACUCUCCUCUGUACAUUCGAUCGCAUUCCAAGGCAGUAUUAAAUCGCGCUAUCGAGCAGGACACCAAAUUCCUGGCCGACAACUCCGUGAUGGACUAUUCGUUGUUGGUAGGCCUGGAGCCGAGCUCCGACGAACUCGUGCUCGGUAUAAUAGAUUACAUAAGAACGUUCACGUGGGACAAGAAGCUGGAGACGAUGGUGAAGAAGUCCGGUAUAUUGGGUGGCCAAGGUAAACUGCCGACCAUAAUAUCGCCGGAGGAAUACCGCGCCAGGUUUAUAGCCGCGAUGCACCGCUACUUCCUGCCGGUGCCGGACCGAUGGUCGGGUCUGGGUAGAAGCGUCGAGAUACCACCGCAACAAUAAACACUCGACUCUCAGAGGGCUAAGAGAACACGAAUGCGAUUUCGCGGCAAUUACAUAAUCGAUGUAGACCUUUUUUUAUGCGCGCGCUAGCGGAAAUACGAGAGCGCACCGUCGUGCACCUUCGUCCGUGUAUUUGUACAUAUUUUAUACCGUGAUAGCGUACUCGAGGAAAUAUCGAUGAAAAGUGAUAUCGAUAGUUACCAGUUUUUAAAUAACUUAUUAAUUGCUACGUUACGCAAAUCAAUAUUUUAACUUCUUCGUACGGAAGUAACUUCUACGGCUGCUCGUGAGAGAUUACGUGUACAUAUAUCUCCU